AUAGAAAAACUGUAAACAUAACAUAUUAUUGGGUAGUAGUUCACACAAAAUCAAUCCACUGUUAUCGUCAUCAUUCGUGAUCUGUAGCUUGAGAGGUGCGCGUGUUCGAAUAUGUUACACAAGUUCUUUCUAAUUAUCACAUUAAUAUGUAUGACAAGAUGCGAGUAUUCUUCUCUAUCUUACUCGAUGGAAAAUUUGUAUGCAGUACUUGAUCAGACAACAGAAUACUUUAAAAAUUUCACUAAUGAAUAUAAAAUAUUAAAUACUGACAGUUCAAAUAAUAUUAAUAAUGCAAUUGAUAAAUAUAUGGAAAAUGCGACUAAAACGAUCCUUCAGAGAAUUAAGCGACAAAAAAGGAGUCUUCAAAAUUUGCAACCCAGUAAAGAUGACGUGAAGGUACUAGAAGGUUUUGAAGAGGCUUCAUCCUUCAAUCUACCGGACUUUCAGGACAUAGCUUUCUUUUCUAUACGAGAUGAACAUCAGCAAUUGCUUUGGCUUGCAGCAGCUGUUCAUUCCUCAAAUAUAUUGCUUUAUCAAUUCGUUGAUAAUAAAGCACAAGUCGUGGGGACGCAUCCUCUGUUCGAUGGAAAACGGAUAAUCGUCAGCAAUUAUAGUGCUGGUACACUUAUAGUCGUGCAAAAGGGCACCGAUGGUAUCGUCGUCCUGCGCCUGGGAAAGAACAAGAACAGGGAUUAUGAAUUACAAUUCAAACAAGAAUUCGAGAUUGCCGGAGUGACGCACGCGAAUAUGUGGCUUGGAAUGAAUCAGUUAUAUUUAGGAAUCGCAUCAGAAACAAAGAUAUUCAUAUACGUGUGGCUCGGAGAACAUUUCGACAAGACCGAGACCCUAGGCUUCGGAGCAAGAAAGUUAUUGCCCUUCCUAAACAAGAGCUUCAUGCACGUCGCGAUUGUAGGAUCUCUCACCAAGAUACUCCGCUUCUCCGUGCGUUCCAACAAAUUUGUAGAGAUGCAGAGAUUGCAUUACGCUGAAGACGUCGGCUCGUUUUACUUCAAGGCGGGCCACUUCGAAGAGCGUUUCCUGGCUUUGGCCGGUAACGAUUCUACAAUUUUGUACAAGGAAAUGUACGGUCGCUUCGUGCCGUUCCAAAGGAUCCCUUCGGCGACGUAUAUUCAUUCCCUGGCGAUCGGGAACACCAUCGUUCUUCUCUUCGCGGAGGAGGAUGCUGUGGAAAUUUAUCAGUACAACGGCUGGAGAUUUCUUAAGUCGCACACGAAACAGUUGUCUAACACACGUCAAAUUCGUCGAAUUCACUCGUAUAGAAACGAAGAUGUACUGGUGAUACAAGAUCAAGACAGGGAAUGGAAGUUCCUGAGACCCGUUUGGGCCACGAAGAAGACGUGGAAAUCCUUACAGCACGAAAUAGCAGUUUGGUGUUCGGAGAUCAAGCGAAAGAUAGCACAAAGAACUUUGGAAAAAAUCCCAGAGUCAAGGAACCUUGUGAUCUCGAAUGCACACAUCGGUCAACUUCAUGUUCAAAACCUAAACAAUUAUAAUGCGGAGGAGUUGGUCCAUCUGACACGACAAUACAAUGAUACAAUCGCUAAAUUAAAUGCGGCAAAAAAUCUUCUGGCGCAAACAAGUGAAAAUAUCAAUAAAGAAUCCAAGCGUAUAAUUUUAUAUGGCAAAAAGAUUACUGUCAAGUGUAAGACCUCUUGCCAUAUUCAUCGUAUUGUUAUGGACGACGAAAUUAAACCUGCUAUUAAAUAUGUAAACUCAGAAGCUGCCAGUCAGACUCUAGAGUUUGCCAAUCUAAAAGUGAAAGCGAUAAACGAUUGGAAAUGUCCCAUUCCUAAUUUUAAUUUAGAUGAUAUAUCUGUAAAAGAAUCUAUCAAUGGAAUACUGAUGCAGGAUCUACAAGAAAAAACAUUAAAGACUUCAGGAGAUCAAGAAGUUUCAGGUGUACAUAUCUUCGCCAAUUUACACGCGACAAAUGCUUCGAUCCCGUUGAACAUCGCGACGAAUAGCACCCGACAAAUAAUAUGGAUGAAGGAGGCAAGAGUGAAAGAGCUACAUCUAACCGAGGAUGAAUUCUUCUUGCCGUUGAAUGGUUCCACGACUGUAAUGAAAGGUUCGAUAACUGCUUCAAAAGUGAGAGUUACCGGACUUGUCGCACUGAAUGGUGGAAUAAAAGGCAAAGGUUUCGAGAAAUUAGCGCCUCUGAAAUAUGUUUCUGAUCCCUUGACUCUAUACGGCAAUCAUUUUGUGCAAAACGUCACCUUCAGCAACCUCGUCAAGGUCGAAGAUAUCGUUCGGACUCGCGGACCGUCACUGAAAGAGAUCUUAGAAAAUCGCGUACCGCUAAAUUCUAAUGUAUCGGUGCACUUAAUAUUAUCCAGUGAUAAAACGCAAUGGAGCAACGUGACUUUAUGGGACUACGCGAAUUGGGUAACGAAGAAUUCUACUGAGACUGUCGUUAUUUCUGGUGCAAAAUUCACGAACAACAGUAUAGUUUUGACAAACGCUACGUAUGCAAAUCUCCCGACUCCAAAAUUGAUGGUACCUUUAUGUGCUACGGAAGUCGUUACUCCAGAAAUUAGCACCACUUCUGUGACGCUGGACGAUUUAAUUGUGAAAAAUUUAAAUGUUUCGCACGUAAUCGGAGCUUAUAACUUGAACACGACCGUCUUCAAUCCAGUAUCAGCUUUACAUACCAUUGAUUUUACAAAGAAGUUAUUUACGGGUCGCGUUUUCGUCAAGAAUAUUUCAGCGUCGAAAAUUGAGGGAACAGAUCUAAGAGAUUUGAACAUUCAAAUGAACGAAUGGGUGGACAUAAAUCGUCUCAAAGGACCGAUAAAUAUUGAGAAGCUGGAUAUUAACAAUCUUGAAACGCCAGCCUAUUUAAAUCUCUCUUUACCUACGAGAGUGAAGAACGUAAUCGUAAAAGCGGAUAGCGAUAUCGAAAAAAUUAAUAACAUUAAAAUACAAUCUUUCAUGGAGAGUAUUGUAAAAGUGAAUGACGUAAUAUCCUUCGAACACGUGACAUUCGCCAACGGUUUUACAUCAAAUCACAUAUAUGCUUCCCGUUCGACAUUAAAUCUUUCCAAUUUAAAUGCACAUCCCGAUCUGCAUUCAAAACAGAUCGCCACGACAUUGGAAACAGAUGGAAUAAAUGUGCCUCAGACUUUCGAUUAUAUCGCGAGCGAUAUACCGUCGACAUUUAUUAUACAAGGAUCAGUUAAAUUCUCAACAGAACCAGUUGUGCAAAAUGUACAAGAUGUGAAUCUCAAACAAUUAUCCAAGGACAUAUGGAUGGCAAACGAGGAUACUGUCCUCUCUGGUAGCAUACACAUUAAUAAUAUAACUUUAAGAGCAGAUGUUAUGAUGCGGAAUCCUGAAAAUGCAUUGAAUGUAAAAAUGUGGUCGGAGCUGUCGGGCAAAUUGCUGAGUAAAACGAAAGAACAGCGUAUUACUGUAACUUCGUCGUUUAAAAAUGUUGAAGUGUCUGCUAUUGUAGCAUCGAAUAAUGCGACUCUUGAGUCUUCGGAUGUUAACUUGAAGGAUAUGCUAACUAAUUCCUUGAUGAGAGAUCAAGCACAAAUCGUGGAUGCUGCGUGGAACUUUGAAGAAUUGACGAUAAAUAACUUCAAUAACUGGGAUGGCAAACUCAAUGGAAUCGAUUUGAAUAAGGACGUCGUUAAACGAGACGCGAAACAGAAUGUUAUCACCGGAAAGAAGACGAUUUCAAAUUUAAAAACUACAGAUCUCUGGUCGCUAAAUAUAAAUUUCUCCAACUUGGUUAGCAACGCUUUAACUGAAAACUGUCAGAAACUAACAACAGUUAAAGGUCGAAAGACCUUUAACAACAUCGUCUUGAAUAAUUUGAGCAUCAAAGGUGCGAUUAUGGGUCGCAAGGUCGAAGAUGCAUUACUGAAAUCCGGAGACCAGACAUUGUUCGGAAUCAAGAAGAUACGAGGCCAACUUAACGCGCCUGCUCUUAUUAUUGAUGGCACCGUGAAUGACGUGAAUCUCACGGAAUUGACAAAUAAUCAAAUGAAGAAGCACAAAGCGGUGCAAAUAAUAAACAGUACGUUCGAUUUCAGAAAUGAUGUUGAAGUUUUCGGAAAUGUUACAAUCAGCGGACUCUACGAAGGGACAGAUUUAUCGAACAUUAAUAAUCAGAAUAAAAUAGACGCCGUUUUCGAUAGAAUAACCAAAGCUGUGGAAUUGGCAGAGGGCAUAACAUUUGUAUUGCAAAAUCGUGCAGUUUAUAUAAAUAAAUUUGAAGUGGUAGAUGAGGAUGUAUUAAAUAUCCUUUCUAGCACUUUUAAUAUUGAGAGUGCGAUAGAUCUGAACAGUACUUGUCUUUGUGAGUCAGAAAAUAAUUCCUCGCUUUGCAACGACACGAAAUUAUUCGACAUUGUCACCGGUACAAAUUCCAGCAUGUUUAUAACGAAGAAAUUAGUGCCGCUAAAUAAUACGGUAUUCGCAGUAAUGAUGUCGUCAGAUUUUAUCUGGAUUUAUUCGUAUACUGCUGCAGAGGAACAAUUUUAUCGUGAAGCAGAAUUAUACAUGCCUGGCAUAGUUGAAGCAUCUGUGGAACCAAUCAAUAAUUCAAUAUGGAUUAUUUUGCGACUGUCGCAACAAACCUUGAUAUUACGUUAUCAAAUGUGGAAGGAACUCGAGCGAUACGUUUUGCCAGGUUCGAAUUCGUUUGUGAUCAGUAAGACACCGAACAAUCAACAUCUGCUAAUACGAUCUGACGGUAUGUGGAAUCUCGAAGGAGUCUCUCAGCCUGAACAUAUUUUUAAAAUGCAACUGGAUGGAAAAAUAAACACUUUCGCUCUCGGUGCUGAUUAUUACGUUAAAGCAACAACAGCUAAUAACACGACUGUUUUAAAAGCGCGAUAUGUAGGUAAUUAGUUUGUGUAAUUUCUUAGUAAUUCUUGCAAAUGAGUUUAAUUGCGAGCUCAAGAAACGCGAGCGUGUAUAUAUGUAUAUGUGUAUAUACUAUAUAUAGUAAAUAUGUUUUACAUUUAUAUUAUUCUUAAUCGUGCAAAUCGAAAAUCAGAAAAACUUAUAGAUAUAUGUACGUUAAUUAGUUAAGUAUUUAUCAUAGAUAAAUACUUCAGCAAAAAUAUAUUGAAUUGCAAUGCAUCAAAUCAUUUAUAGUUAUUUUAUUUUCACAAGUGUUAAUAAACAGAUGAAAAGGUGAGUUGUAGAGAUCAGCACCAAGAUUUUUAAGCUAAUUUCUGGCUGUCAUAAUUGUCGAAAUUGUCGCCUAAGAGAGAAAAAAGUUUUGCCGUUCCAUUUGAUAAUAUGAUAUAUGUAAUUAAUUCUAAUAGCAUACUUUUGCGGCGUCUUUAAGGAUUGUUACGUCCUCAGUUGUAUGCGAUUUGUAGUCAUCGAUCCUUCUUUUCUCGAUUUUCAGCUGCUUCUGAAAAUCGGUUACUCGUAAUCUUGCGCGACAUUACUUAUAUCUAUAUUCUUUUUAAUUCUAUAGAUUUAAUUUGCGAAACCUAACCGAGUCGACACGUUUGAUGUCAAUUAUACAUUGUAAAGUUCGGUUAAUCUUGCAAUUAAAUGUGCGAUAAAAAGCGCGUGUACGUCAAGUAGAUUAUUAAAAGUGUUCUACGCAACAUUAGCGUGACGUACGAUGAAAACGACACUAAGAGAUGCUUGGACCUAUGAAGAACGUUUAAAAAUAACGAUCGUACAAAGUUCUCCGUUUGUGCCGGUUCUCUGCUCGCGAACUUCUCCUCAUAUCUCUUUCGUUCCUCGAUCGCGUGAUUCAACGCAAUCUGUUCCGCGGAGGUGAGCACCAGGAGACGCGGAUCCACGGCGAUCCAAUCGCUCUGGACGAUUUGAUCCAAACGCCAGCGUUUAGACACGUCCGGCUCGAGCAUAUUAUUCACGAGCUUCUUCACAAGAUCAGUUACAUUGUCCUUGAUUUUACUGCGAAAUUUCCAUUUGCGCGCUAUCUGCAGCUCGUACAGACGCUUUAUGUUAUUCUCGUCGAACGGCACGGCCUUGUUCAGUAAUAUGUACAGGAUCACGCCCAAUGACCAAAUAUCGGAUAUCUUGGGAUUAUAGGGAUAGGCGCGAAGGAUUUCCGGUGCCACGUAUAACAGCGAACCGCAAUACGUAUCGCUUAGAACACGCUUACCCCGACUGUCGAUCGCGUAACGGGCGAAGCCGAAGUCUGCCAGUUUCACAUUAUAGUUGGAUGUCACGAGGACGUUCUCGCAUUUGAUGUCGCGAUGCGCUAUCUCCAUCUCAUGUAGAUACUGAAGGCCUGAAAAAAUAUAUUAGAUAUUGAGCAAUA